AACUUAAAACUACGCCUUAUCCUUCCUCCCCAAUCCCCAUUCACAAGGCAUGUGCUCUUCUAUUUGAUGAUCCCUUUUGAUUUCCUGAAUCAGUUAGAACCACACAGAAUCAGACCAAACAAAACCGAAUCACAAAUUCUUUUACUUUGAAGAAAAAAAAAAUUCAAGAAAAACUGAAGAACACAACAAAAUCCUUCAAUGGCGUCAGCAAUAACGAGAUCCUUCUUUACUUUCAAUCUUUCCAAAUCUCCUUCCUCUAUGCGUAAACUUGAACCACCGCUAACAUUCCUCAAAUUUGAGCCCAUUUCGUGCAGACCCCCAAAGCCCAUUUACACUGUCGUUAAGUCAAUUGAUGUCUUCAAAGAAGACAAACAACCAAUUUCAGAAACAACCCAGGACGCAGAAACAGAGGAAUCGGAGGUGAAAUUCGAUAAAAGAAGGCUAGAGGAGAAAUUUGCGGUGGUAAAUACGGGAAUAUAUGACUGUAGAUCUUGUGGGUUUAGAUACGAUCAAGCUACAGGGGACCCUUCCUAUCCAAUUCCACCUGGGCUUCCUUUUGAUAAGCUCCCUGAGGACUGGAGGUGCCCAACUUGUGGAGCUUCCAAGGGUUUCUUCGAGAGUAAGAGUGUGGAGAUUGCGGGUUUUGCUCAGAAUCAGCAAUUUGGACUUGGUGGUAAUGCACUAACUUCUGGCCAAAAGGCUGUGCUUAUAUAUGGUGGUUUGUUUCUGGGAUUUGUUUUCUUCUUGUCUGGUUAUUUUCUUCAAUAAUCAAUUACCUGUUGAAAUAUAUUGAAAUUUGGUAGAGUUUGAUAGUAGUUUAAGAACACUCUUUCCCACCCCAAAACAGAGUUAUUCAUCUUUCGAGCAGUAAAAUUUUUUAUUAUUAUUUUUUUUUUUUUGUGAAUGGAGAUCUGUAUUAUUAGCUUACAUGAGAUAUAUGUUUUGAUUACUCUGCUC